CGCUGUGCCCCCGAGCCCUGGGGAGAUUUUUGGUGGGAUAACUGGUGUGAGGGGUGGCAGUGGCUUGCUUAGAUUCUGGACCUUUCAGAAGGAGCACCCGUACUCAACUCCCACCCAAGCCUGCCCCUCCUCCGUGCAGGUUCCCAUCCCCAGCCAAGGUCCACAGGACAUUCGCAGCUUGCCUGCUUAUCUUGAGUCCCCUGUGGUGUUUGACUUUGCAGAUCCCAGUUUCCCAGAACCUGCCCCCGCAGGGGCGGGGCAGCGAGCAAGUUACUAAUUCCGCACCUUCUCUCAGGUUCAGAAGCGGCCGGCCAGAGCCAAAAUGAAGACCCCAGCCCCUGGUUGCACCCACAGCAUCGUGCUGGUCCUGCUCUCGCUGGCCGUCCUCCAGACCACCAAGGCCCAAAAGGUCCAGAAUGACGUUGACAUCUACAGCCUCACUGUGGACUCUAAGGUCUCCUCCCGAUUCGCCCACACAGUUAUCACCAGCCGGGUGGUCAACAGGGCUGAUGCCAUGCAGGAGGCCACCUUCCAGGUGGAGCUGCCCAAGAAAGCCUUCAUCACCAACUUCUCCAUGGUCAUCGAUGGUGUGACCUACCCGGGUAACAUCAAGGAGAAGACUGCAGCGCAGGAGCAGUACAGCGAGGCCGUGGCCAGGGGCGAGAGCGCCGGCCUCGUCAGGGCCACCGGGAGAAAGACAGAGCAGUUCCAGGUGUCAGUCAGUGUGGCUCCCGCUGCCAAGGUCACCUUCGAGCUUGUGUAUGAGGAGCUGUUGGCACGUCAUCUGGGAGCAUACGAGCUACUGCUGAGAGUCCGGCCCCAGCAGCUGGUCAAACACCUGCAGAUGGACAUUCACAUCUUUGAGCCUCAGGGCAUCAGCUUUCUGGAGACAGAGAGCACCUUCCUGACCGAUAAACUGGCAGAGGCCCUCACCAUCUCACAGAACAAGACCAAGGCUCACAUCCGAUUCAAGCCAACACUGUCACAGCAACAAAAGUCUCCGGAGAAGCAGGACACGGUCCUAGAUGGCAACUUCAUUGUCCGCUACGAUGUGGACCGGACUGUCUCUGGGGGUUCCAUUCAGAUUGACUACUUUGUGCACUACUUUGCCCCUGAUAGCCUGUCCACGAUACCCAAGAAUGUGAUCUUUGUCAUCGACAAGAGCGGCUCCAUGAUGGGCAGGAAAAUAAAGCAAACAAGGGAAGCCCUCAUCAAGAUCCUGAGUGACCUCAGUCCCCAUGACCAGUUCAACCUCAUCAGCUUCAAUGCGGAAGCAACCAAGUGGAAACCUCUGCUAGUGCCAGCCUCGACUGAGAACGUGAAUGAGGCCAAGAGCUAUGCCACUGGCAUCCAGGCCCAGGGAGGGACCAAUAUAAACGAUGCGAUGCUGAUGGCUGUGCAGCUGCUGGAGAAAGCUAACCGGGAGGAGCUGUUGCCUGCAGGGAGUGUCACCCUCAUCAUCCUCCUCACCGAUGGUGACCCCACUGCAGGGGAGACCAACCCUUCGAAGAUCCAGAAGAACGUACAGAAAGCCAUAAAUGGCCAGCACAGUCUCUUCUGCCUGGGCUUCGGCUUUGACGUCAGCUACAGCUUCCUGGAGAAGAUGGCUCUGGAAAAUGGCGGCCUGGCCCGGUGCAUCUAUGAAGACUCAGACUCCGCCCUGCAGCUGCAGGACUUCUACCAGCAGGUGGCCAACCCACUGAUGACGUCAGUGGCCUUUGAGUACCUGAGCAAUGCUGUGGAGUUGGUCACGCAGGACGUCUUCCGGGUGUUCUUCAAGGGCUCCGAGUUGGUAGUGGCUGGGAAGCUCCGGGACCAGAGCCCUGAUGUGCUCUCAGUCCGAGUCUGGGGGCAGCUACAUAAGGAGAAUGUCACCUUUGUGAUGGAGUCCCAUGUGGCUGAGCAAGAGGAGACAUUCCAGAGCCCCAAGUACAUCUUCCACAGCUUCAUGGAGAGACUCUGGGCAUAUCUGACCAUCCAGCAACUCCUCGAGCAAAUGGUCUCUGCGUUAGAUGCUGAGAAGCAGGCUCUGGAGGCCCGUGCACUGAACUUGUCACUCAGCUACAGCUUUGUCACCCCCCUCACGUCCAUGGUGAUCACCAAACCCGGUCAAGAACAGUCUCAGGUUGCUGAGAAGCCUUUGGAGGAUGAAAACAGAGACAGGAGAGUCCACCCAGGGCUCGUGCUGUUUGGUCAUUCUGGGAGGGACGGAGCAUCCAGGAAAACAGGUGGAACUUUGAAAGUGUUAAACAGCCCUGCAAGAUUCAGAUUACCUGGACGUCUUCCUGCUUCUCCUCCUCCAUUCUUCCGUACGACCUCGAGAUUGGUGCUACCAGAGAUGACAUUACGAGCAACCACGACAGCCCCACCCUUCGCUCCUGUCCAGGCUCCUUCUGUCAUCCUGCCACUGCCUGGGCAGAGUGUGGACCGGCUCUGUGUGGACCUCCGACGCCCUCAGGAGCUAGUGAACCUGCUGUCGGACCCUGACCAAGGGGUUGAGGUGACUGGCCACUAUGAGACAGCGAAGGCCCGCUUCUCGUAGAUUGAGGUAACCUUCGAGAACCCUCAGCUGCAGGUCCAUGCGUCCCCUGAGCAUGUGGUUAUGACUCGAAACCGAAGAAGCUCUGCAUACAAGUGGAAGGAAACACUGUACUCGGUGAUGCCCGGCCUCAAGGUGACCAUGGACAAGGCGGGGCUCCUGUUGCUCAGCAGACCAGACAGAGUGACCAUAGGCUUGCUGUUCUGGGACGGCUCCGGAAAGGGGCUCCGGCUUCUCCUGCAGGACACUGACCGCUUCUCCAGCCACGUCAACGGGACUCUUGGCCAGUUUUACCAGGAUGUGCUCUGGGGGCCCCUGGACAUGGCAGAUGACAGCAAGCGAACGCUGAAGGUCCAGGGGCAUGACUACUCUGCCACCAGAAAGCUCAAGCUGGAUUACCAAGAGGGGCCCCCAGGCAAAGAGAUUUCCUGCUGGUCUGUGGAGCUGUAGUUCUGGAAGGAGCUACACCCACCACCCACUGCCGCCACGCUGUGUGCAGAUGGCUGCCACCCAGUGACCACAGGGCCACUCGGUCCUGGGAUAUCAUAGGGAGAGGUAUUUGCACUCAUUAAAAUAAAUAGAGGUGGUGUGAGCCCAGGGAGUGAGCAUCUCUGGUUUCAUCUGGCCAAAUCCCCAAGCCUCAAGGUCAUGUCCUGGACAUGUAGCGUUGUGUACCAUUAGAAUCAUCCACCGUCAGCCACUCAAAGGCCUGUGGCCAGUAAGGCCCACAGAGAGCGUGCAGUCCUAUCCCUUCACUUUACAGUCAGGGAAACUAUGAUAUAGAGUGACUGGAACCGUUAAAAUGUUGCCCUUGCUGGGGCCCUGGAGCCAGAGAACACUCUGGGGAACAGGGUUCAUUCUG